AUGAACUCCCCCGAAUCAAGCAAACAGUCAGCUUUCAUGCCCCAUCUCCAGCGCAGAGCCCACCAGUGUCACGUCGACACGAGUCCACUACCAGCUGAAAUCCAGACUUCAACACGGUUCCACGAGCAGAAGAGCGUUGUCGAUGGUGUUGACGUUGUUGUUGUUGUUGUUGUUGUUGAUCAUGAUCUCCGCGCCAUCGUCGCGCGUCAGAGAAAGAGGAUGAAGCGCCACGUUUGCAACCGCUGCUCCCCGGUCUUUGUUCGAAUGGAAGGACAGACGAAGCAGCUCUUUUCGUGCCCAUCGGCGGUCCAGCUCCGCUACCGACAUGCACUAGGGGAGCGACGAGAGGUCCUUUUUUUCCAAGUCGGCUGCACGUUCCACGCGCUUGCUCGUGCUUUUUUGGGCGCAACCGGAUGGAUAGCCACGGUCUUUGACGAUCGACAUUACUGCAUUAAGGAACCGGAACACUUGCGAAGACACGGGACGGCGCCGGUUUCCCAGACCAGUUGGUAG